UUCCCUCAGUUACGGUAGUACUAUGCGACGUUCCAACCUUCCGUCCCAGUGGGACGAGGAUUUACGCCGAACGAUGUCUCUGUCGUGGUUUCGAUUUGGAGCAACAAGCGCUUUGGAACCACGCUUGUCGCCCUAUUUCCAUUUCUUCCACGCCGUUGUAUACAUGUUGACUGUCCAAAAGUCCAACACAUCAUACUGCACACAAGUCCUGAACCGCCACUUAUGUCAAACUGUUCUUCUAUUCCCGCUGAUUUCCUUCGCAGAAGCCUUCAAAAGCCUGCUGUACAUCCGAUUUUCGAUUUGUUCGAUACAGAUGGAUUUACUCCAUUGACAGUCUGAAUAUGGCUACAUCAAGGGCCUUUACUCGGACAUCUUUAACUUUUACGCAAAACCUGAUAAACUUCGAUCCUCACCAUCUCUAUGAAAUCAUCAGGGCUCCAUCUGUACAACUAGUGUACUUGAGCUGGGAGUGUUUUGCUGAGUGUCAAUGACUGUAACCCGCCUUUGCCGUACUUGCGUACUCUUGCUACAGAGGGUAAACCUCCUUCCAAACCUUCCUGGAAUGUCUUCUAUGCAUCUGACGGCGGAGCGCUCCGCUAACGGUCAGCAAAGAAGGUAAUUCAAUGGCCUCUCCCGUACAACGAAGAGAUAAAAACGCUCGAAUACACACUAUGGCAUCAACCCCACCCUCCGUACCAUCCGCAUGGCUUACCUUUUCCUUGCCGUCGCACUUGCACUUGUUCUCCUUACAGUCUUCUGGCAACGUUCUCUGGGCCGCCCAAUAUGUCCCCCUGGACCUCGAAAACACUGGCUCUAUGGAAAUCUCUUUGAUAUGCCAUAUUCGGUGAAUUGGCAAAGACUGCUGGACUGGAAUGAGCAGUUUGGAGAUAUGGUCUAUCUGACUGCCUUCGGCCACUCCGUCAUAGUGUUGAACACCCCAAAAGCCAUCAAGGACCUGUUGGUCAAGCGUGCUAGGAAUUAUUCGAACCGUCCACAUACGGUGAUGGCCUAUGAACUCUUUGAUAUGAAAAAGAGCAUGGUUCUCGCAGACUAUGACGAUAAAUAUCGCGAGCUUCGAAAGCUCACUCAGCAAGCCUUUGGUCCCGAAGCGUCGAAGAAGUACGAAGGUGUACAACUUGACAUCAUAAGACGUUUUCUACAAGGCCUGCAGAAGGACCCACAAGGAUUCAGAACCCACACAAGACUUCUAGUCAGCCGGUUCAUACUCGCAGUGACGUACGGAUUAGAUGCUGAGACUGCAGACUCAGAGUUUAUUGCAGGGGCCGAAUUGACACUCCAGGUACUCACAAAGGCAACUCUCCCUGGAGCGUAUCUUGUCGACUUACUACCAAGCUUGAGGUACCUUCCAACAUGGUUCCCGUUCGCCUCAUUUCACGACGUGGGCGCUCGAGGUCGCAAACUAGUUUAUGAUCAUCGGAGCCGACCAUUUGAAUAUGUCCGUCAACAAAUGGCUGACGGCGUUGCAUCUCCAUCGUUUGUAUCUGACUUGCUCUCCGAUUCUUACAUGUCGAAGUUCCAGUCUGUUGAUGCGGCGCAAUGGGCAGAGUAUAUCAAGUGGGCCGCGGGAGAUAUGUUUGGAGCCGGUGUAGAAACGUCGUUUUCGACGACUUUGAUUUUCUUCCUGGCGAUGGCGCUCCAUCCUGGUGCACAAGCUAAAGCCCAAGCAGAAAUAGACCUCGUCACGGGUGGUCAUAAGCUUGUAACGCUGAGCGAUCGCCCAAAUAUGCCAUAUUUCAAGGCAUUACUUCAAGAGGUUGCGCGCUGGCAGGUUGUUGUCCCUACAGGUGUCUUUCGUCGAUCCGACAACGAUGAUGUCUACAACGGGUACCACAUCCCUGCAAAUACCAUAGUAUUACCUAGUAUCUGGGCUCUGUCUCAAUCAGUGGAAGAUCCUGGCCGAUUCAACCCCGAACGCUUCCUCGAUGAUAGCAAUUCUCCAAACCCAUACGAAUACAUCUACGGGUUUGGAAAGCGCAUUUGUCCAGGUCGAUAUCUUGCCGACAACUUCAUUUUUCUUGUAACCGCAAAUAUCUUGGCUUUCUUCAAUGUCAGUCAACCGUCUGGACCUCUCGAUGACGGCUUGAAGCUGCCUUCGAAUGUUUCAUUUACACCCACGAUGGUUAGUUGCCCGGAGCCCUUCGCGUGUAAUAUCCGACCAAGGACUUCCGAACACGCUGAAGAAAUCGCCGCAAUGAUAGCCUAAUUGGUUAGAUUUCUGAAAUAGAGCAUGAGAGCAUCAUAUUCUUGAUACCGCUGGACCUGAUUUCUCAUCGAAGCUAUUAGUAACCGAGGGACCCGGACGUUGGUCUGCUACCAGUAUAUUGGGAAUCAACAGACAAUUCCAAA